AUGCCGGGGCCCGAUCACUGGUUCGAAGAUCUCCUUCCGGAUGUCUACAUACCGGAGGACUGCGAGCCAGCCACGUGCACCCUCGCUGGGAAUCUGAGCAUCAUCGUCGGUCUCCUCGCGUUCUCGUCGACUCCGGCCCAUGCUGUCGAGGCCGUGCGCAGGUCCUUCAGACCCGAUCUAUCCUCGACAAUCUUCCAGUCCCACGAUCUGCCCAAGACCGAGAGGCACAAGACUCGCGGAAUGGUCAUCACCAUCGGCUUUGACCCAUUCGUUGUGUCCAGGGAAGCUCUCAAGGCCUGGGAGGACGGCGAGUACGGAGGAAUUUUCACCUGA